CUGAAUGAAAUAAACAUUUUUCCACAUUCACGGAUUCACCCCUCAUUGCUGAAAUAUCGGACCCCCGACCCCUGCUCCGAAUCUCCGACCCGUUUGGCACGUUCACAUUCCAUUGAAGCGGAAAUAAACGACAUGGCGGCGUCCCACCGCCCACGAGCCCACGACGGAGAUUGUAAAAACUGAAAUUGCUUCUUACCACGUACCGAAUGGAACGGGUAGUUUGCCCGCCUUAAUAUAGAAGAAGAAGAAGAAGAACCCUAGGUUGAAUUGCAGAGCGAGCGGGAGCCCAGGGUUCAACUGAAAAUGUCGAAGAAAGAGGCUACGAGGAGAGAGCUUCUGGAUCGAUGGAGAGGCAUCGAAGAGGAAGAAGACGAUUGCGACGACGGCGAAGACUCAAACUCCCUCAAGCGCCGUCGUCUUCACCAGCUCAAAGAAGACUGGUUUUCAGAUGCAUUCCACUUCUUGAUCUACUUGCCGAAGGGGAUUCAUAUUUGGUGUGGUUCUUGGGACCUGAUGGGACCGUUACUGGAGACAUUCUACAAUUACUAUAAAGACGAGCGCAAGGAUUCUCCUCUUAAGGUUCUAUGGGAUAGAGUGACAGAGGAGAUGCGCUCUUGCACUCAGUGUGUGUGUCAGUACCAUCAAGCCCAGGAGAUGUAUAGCACAGAAUACGAGUUAAGUUCAAUAGGCCCUCUUCUUGAUGUAUUGCACACUCUUGACGAAGAAAGAAUAAGUGUGCACCUAAAAGAGAUCAAUGCAAGAAUAGCUCGCGGAGAAUCUGAUUUGGGGAGUGACAAUGCUGAAAUUGUUUGCGUCAUGUUUGAGGUUUUGAUGUUUCCCAUUUUGUUAGAUGACGAUUCUUUAGCAAAAGAAUUUCAAAAAUUCAUUGAGGCAAUUGAUGACUCUCAUGAAUUGACCCUAGGUGGCCACCAACAAUAUCCGGGAGUUUAUGCAUUACUUUUUUGUAAAAGUCGGCGAUCACGUUCUAUUGGUUUCCGAUUGGCAAGACAAAUGAGUAGACUGAGGCAAUCAGCUGACUUAGAUCCUUUGCAGCCUUUACUGAAGCGAUACAUCAAUUUCUUGGAUUCUGAAGUCUCAUCAACUGCUUCUCUGGCUUCUAGGCCUAGGGUGCAUCUGGAACGGCUAACUGUAUGGCUUGGAAUCAAAGCACUCCUUGGGUUUUUAGAACCCCCAGCUUUUGAAGAAGGGAUUUUAGAUAGAUAUCCCAUAUUCCUCAGUCUUGUUCUCAACCAUAUUAGUGACGACUCUCCUGAAUUUUCCUAUGCAGUUAAUUCUCUGAGAUUGCUUUUUGAAAUGCUUGGGUAUAAGCUUUGGUUGAGAACUACGUUGUCACCAGGUGUAAUGAGGAAUACAUUACUGGGUCAAUCUUUCCACACUCGAAAUGAGAAGAGCCACAAAGAAAUUUUUGAUCUUUUCCAGCCUCUCCUUCAGUCUCUUGAAGCUUUACAAGACGGAGAGCAUGAAAAGCAACGAAGACAUUUCCUUUAUUUUCUCCUACAUCAAGUGACUGUGAGCAGCAACUUCAGCAUGCUAAUGAGGAAAAAGGCUUGCCAGAUUGCUUUGCUCAUUGUUCACCGAGGUUACAAGAUGAACCCACCUAGUCCGCCUUAUGAAUGUGCAAAUAUGUGGGGACCAUCCCUUGUGUCCUUUUUGAAGGAUUUGUCACUGCACAAUUCUCUUCGACAACCAGCCUUCGAUCUUAUACAAACCAUGAUAGUCUCUGACGCUUCAGCCUUGGUAGCUUCAUUUCUGAACUGUCAGCUGCAGCCAAAUAAUGGAAGAUGCAUGUCUGCCAAUAUUGAUGAAGAAGAUGAUGAGGCGCAUUUGUUAGGACAGGAUAUCAAAGACAAGGACUGUAGUUGCUGGAAUGAAUUCUGUUUGCAGGCCAAAAUGACAUCAAGUUUAUAUGGGAGCUGGAUGUGCAUCCCAAUGUUAUGGUUUGAAGUUUUGGUUGAGACUGAGCCAUUAAUCCUUCCAGUAUCAUUUUCCAAGGCAGUCUUUUGGGCCUUAUCUCACCUUGCUAUAAUAGAACCCGAAAGCAACUCAGAAAGGUCCCUAUCACUUGGAGAUUGGUUGAAAACCCAUGCUUCAAGCAUCUCUAAUGCUUUUGGUUGGAAGGUUCCGUCUGGCUCCAAUGAUGGUGGGGAUGGGUUGGUAUCAAAGAACUCUGUUAUUGUCUCAACAAUGUAUAAGCCAUUACUGAGGACAUUCAAAAGAUUUAUGGCCCAUUAUAUUGCUAGAAUGGAGCAGGGAGAGCUGAGAAAACAAUGGACGUGGGAGCCCAUGAUGGGAAACAGCUUAAUACUAUUGCUUGUGGAACCCAAUGAUAAUGCCAGACAUGUAGCUAAAUGUAUUCUUGAACAGGUUUCAGACACACGAGGUCUAACUUGUGGACUGCAGUUCCUCUGCUCUAGUCCAUGUUCUUUGCUGGCCAUCUUUACAGGGUUAAGACAUGCUUUGAAACUGGUACAACUGGAGAGCGUUCUGUCUGACUUUCAGUCUUUGCACCAUUUCUUUUUUGUUUUUUGCAAACUACUUAAAGAAGGGAAUUCAGCCAAAUGCGUACCUGGAACAUCGUUGGAGAUGUCUAGUGUAUCAAACUUCUCUUCCCAAGGUGGAUUUUUAAGGCAGCCAGUUUUUGAUGAACAGCCUGGUAAUGUAAGCGAAGAUUCAUCCUUCGUUAGCUCUGCUUUAUGGGAGAACUUCUGUUGCCAGCUAUCACAAAUUGCAUGGCCUGCUAUCGGGAAAUGCUUAGCAGAAGGAAAGGCAAAAUUGGACCACAAAGUAUCUCAUAUGACCUGCAUCAGAAUAUUAGAGAUUCUUCCAGUUAUUCUUGAAAAGUUUCAUGGAAAUUUUCCCACGGUUUUCAACAAUGCUACUUGUCUCAAAUGGCUUUAUGAUUUGGUUGAUUGGGGAAAGUCACCCCUUCCUGUGGUGGUCAGAUAUUGGAAACAAACUUUUACUUCAUUGCUGGGGUUGUUAAAAGGGUUCUGCAAUGGUACCUCUGCUUUGGCAGUUGUGGAUAUUGAGAAACUUAUUUCAUGCGAUAAUACUCCAAUAGAAGAACUUGCUGAACAAGUAGCACGCCUUUGUGUAUUACUGAAUAGUGAUCCCUCUUACAAUCUGAGAGAGAAUAUGAAAUCUGAACAUUCUUCAAAAUUGUUACGAACUGGUAGUUGCUCGCCGGCAGGUGCACAAACUUGUAUGGAUGCUAAGACAUUGCAUUUUUUUGAUUCAAAUGUAUCUGUUGGAAAGGAGAGCAGUGAUUUGGUAGUUCUUUCUGAUGAUGAGAAUGAGCCAGAAAGCUCUAUGAGCUGUAAACAUUCUCCUUUCAAAAAGCUGUUAUCGAAUGGUGAUUGCUCGGCUGCAGACACCCAAGCUUCUUCUCUGGAUCUCAAGAAACUGCAUGUUUCUGACUCAGAGGCAUUGGUUGGCAAAAGAGGUGGUACGAUGGUUCUUUCCGAUGAUGAGAAUCAGUCAGAAACAUCUGUAAAUAAGGAUGUCUCAAAUUCUGGGUUUAGGCAAACUUUGUUUGAUGACAAAGCUAUGGGGGCAAAUGCUGCUGGACAAAUGUUACACUCUGAUCGUGUAAGGAGAACAGAUAAUGCUGUGAAUCCUGUAGUAGCCUCUAAGCAUGUGUCUGAUUCAGGCAUUGUGGAAGUCGAGACAACAGCUCCCAUCAAGUCAAGGGGUUUUCAUGAAAAGAGAAAGGACGUUGAUUCCAAUAUCAGUUCAAAAGAAAAUGAUACUCUGAUGAUCCAGCAUGAUUUUCGGAAAGAUUCAUUUAAUGGAAGUAUGAUUCUCAAAACCAAAGAUCAGAAAGGCAAUAACAAGGCCGUAGAGACUGCUGUUACAGUUCCGCAAGACCUUGUACGUGAUAGUGAAAAUGCUUUUGACUUGGCGUUUUCCAAAUCUAGUAGGGGUCGACAGACAUUAACUAUGAACAAAAGUAUUUCUGGUCCCAAACGGCAAAUCAUUCAGCUCGAUUUACCUGUGAGAAGUAGAUAUAGUAUAUCGAAAGCAGACAGUGCAGUGAAAAGGUUUACUUCUGCAAGGCUUGAUGACUGGCUUAAACUAAUUUUGGAGUUGGAUUUCUUUGCAACAGUGGGGUUAUCAAUGACAAGUGACAAGGAAAACCAAACCUUGAGCAAAUUGAAGCAGGUACCUGUUUGCUUUGAAUCAGCUGAAGAAUAUGUUGAAAUAUUCCGGCCAUUAUUGGUGGAGGAAUUCAAAGCACAGUUACUUAGUUCAUUUCAAGAGGUGAAUUCAAUUUCAGAAAUGUAUUGUGGCAGCUUGUCCAUCAUGUCUGUUGAGAGAAUUGAUGAUUUUCAUAUGAUCCGCUGUGUUCACGAGGAUUUGGACAAUAAUGGAUCUAGAAGCUGCUCAGAGAAUGAUCUGAUUUUGCUUACAAGACAACCUCUGCAAGGUUCUCCUCCAGAUGCUCAUAUGUUGGGGAAGGUGGAGAGGUGUGAUAGGGAUAAUAAGAAAAGAUCAAGUAUGGUUUUUGUCAGGUUGUAUCUUCAAACCAAAGCUUCUCAUCUCAACAAGGCCCGAAAGCUUCUUGUCGAACGCAGCAAGUGGUGCGUUAGUCAUUUGAUGAGUAUUACACCUCAAUUAAGAGAAUUUCAGGCAUUGUCAUCAAUAAAGGAAAUCCCUCUGCAAUCUGUUAUCUUGAACCCAACUAAUCAUGGUCAUAGUGAAAAUUGCGUUAAUAAUAUAAGUAAACUGCCACAACCCUUGGGUCAAGUCCUUAGAUCGGAAUACAACGAAAGUCAACUGGAAGCCAUCAAUUCUGCUAUUGGGCAUUUUGAUUCAAAAAAGGAUUUUGAAUUAUCUCUCAUACAGGGUCCUCCAGGUACUGGGAAGACCAAAACUAUUAUGGCUAUUGUAAGUGGCUUGCUCUCUUUUUGUAAGAUAAAAGACAAUCGAACACCAAGUGCUGCUCCAAAGGCUACCGGUUUGUUUGGCUGCACUUCAAGACCACAAGUUAGUAAUGCUGUUGCAGUUGCAAGGGCAUGGCAGGAUGCUGCAUUGGCUAAACAACUGAAAGAUGACAUAGAUAAGAGCAAAGAUAACAUGGGAAGCUGCAGUAAAGGACGGAUCCUCGUUUGUGCACAAUCUAAUGCUGCUGUUGAUGAAUUAGUUUCAAGGAUAACUAGGGAAGGUGUUCAUGAUAGAGAUGGAACUUUCUAUAAACCAUAUCUAGUUAGGGUCGGUAAUGCAAGGACAGUUCAUCAAAAUUCCAUACCUUUCUUUAUUGACACACUUGUCGAUAACCGUAUUUCUGAUGAUAAAAUAAAUAAGAAUGAUGCAAGGAAUGAUGCAAAUAAAGAUAGAGUGACAUUUCUUCGAUCUAAUCUAGAGAAGCUAGCUGAUGCCAUCAGAUCCUAUGAAGCCAAGCGUGCGAACUUGAAAGGUGGAGAUUCUGAUUCACAAUCUCUAUUUGAAGGCGAUGCAUGCAAUGCAGAAUCUAUGAAGGAAUUAUCUGGAACUGAACUUGAAGCAAAACUGAGGGUAUUAUAUGACAAAAAGAAAGCAAUGCAUACAGAUCUUGCCACAACUCUGGCAAGAGAGAGGAAAGCUAAUGAAGAAACUAAAGCCCUUAGACAUAAACUGAGGAGAGCUAUUCUAAAGGAAGCAGAGAUUGUAGUCACCACUUUGAGUGGAUGUGGUGGUGAUUUAUAUGGUGUGUGUGCAGAAUCUGUCUCCGGUCAUAGAUUUAGAAGUUCAUCGGAAAGUGUUCUUUUUGAUGCGGUUGUUGUGGAUGAAGCUGCCCAGGCACUGGAACCUUCUGCACUGAUUCCACUUCAGCUUUUAAAAUCAAAAGGAACUAGAUGUGUUAUGGUUGGUGAUCCUAAGCAGCUUCCUGCAACAGUUCUUUCCAGUGUUGCUACCAAAUAUUUUUUCCAAUGUAGCAUGUUUGAGCGUUUGCAGAAGGCUGGGCAUCCUGUGGUCAUGCUCACCAAGCAGUAUAGGAUGCAUCCAGAGAUAUGCCGCUUUCCUUCUUUGCACUUUUAUAGUGGAAAGUUGAUGAAUGGAAUUUUGAUGUCAACAAAAUCUGCACCCUUUCAUGAAACAAAUGUUCUUGGGCCCUAUGUAUUCUUUGAUGUUGUUGAUGGCAAAGAGCUCCACGGAAAGAAUUCUGGUGCCAUGUCUCUCUACAAUGAGUGUGAAGUUGAUGUUGCAGUUGAACUGUUACGUUUUUUCAAGAGCAGGUACCCAACAGAGUUUGUUGGUGGAAGAAUUGGCAUCAUAACACCUUACAAAUCCCAGCUAUCUCUUUUGCGCUCACGCUUUUCCAAUGCAUUUGGACCUUCUGUCAUAGCAGAAAUGGAGUUUAACACAGUGGAUGGUUUUCAAGGCCGAGAAGUGGAUGUACUUAUAUUUUCAACAGUUAGGGCAGCUGAAGCAUGCUUCACUGGCCAUGCUUCAUCUUCCAAUAUUGGAUUUGUUGCUGAUGUGAGACGGAUGAAUGUUGCUUUAACCAGGGCAAAACUGUCUUUAUGGAUCUUAGGUAAUGCAAGGACGUUGCAAUCGAACCGAAGCUGGGAUGCUCUAGUGAAAGAUGCAAAAGAAAGAAAUUUGGUCAUAACAACCCGAAAGCCUUACAGUUCUAUAUUUAAAUCAGCGUCAAAAGAAAACCGAGCAUCAGAAAUCCAAAUGCAUACUGAAAAGAUUGAAGACAUAAAUGAUGGCGCCAAUUGGCAUAAAAAGAACAGAAACAAGUUUGGAAGGAAGAGACGGCACACUGAAGCAGUUGAGGUUACUGAUGUCAAAGCUUCCAAGCCUGCAAAAUCUGCGGUUGUGGAAAAUCAAGGUGGAACAGGAAGGAAUAAGCCUCAGAGUAAAAACAAUGAGAAAGCUGGCAAGCAAAUGGAAACAUAUAACAAUAAACAUGAUGAUGGCAGGGAAAAGAACAAAGCAACCACCGAUUCUGGGUCAUUCAAGAAGGAUCUUGUAAUGUCCACAGCCGUUGAAAAUAGUCACGAGAGGAAUAACAAGCCUUCAACGUCUGCAGUUGGGAUGAACCAAGAGGAUGCUAGUGGAACUCGGGGAAAAAAGAAUCGUGAUAAGCAGAGUAACAAGGAAAAAGCUGACACAUGUCCGAAAGAGAAGGAUAAAAGGAGUUCUUUUGAGGUUUUGGAAAAAGUAACGGAUAAAGAACCUUCAAACAAAGGAGGCCUUAAGGGGACGGAUAGAAAAGAUGGCAAAGAAGUUAAAAUUCAAGGUGAUAAAACUGCACCUUCAGAAAGGAAACAAAAACGGGACGCUGUUGAGGCACUUCUUUCUUCUGCUCUUAUAUCUUCAAACAAGCCUAAAUCGUCAAUCAAAUCAUUGCCUGCGAGAGAUAGUUCUGAAAAUAAUAAUAGAGCCCCUGGAAUAAGACCACCAAAGACAAGAAAAGUGUAGGCAGGCCUUUAGCAGGAAUCAAGAUUCCAAAACCGCAGUGUGGUUCUUAGAAUUCCAAACACGCCACAAGAAUUUUUCCAACAGCUAUGACUAAGAGAUACAGGCAGGACAUGGUGGUUUGCUAGUCAAGAACAGCCGUCUUGAGCCGCCCCAUGAAUCAAAAGAUAACUUCAUUCUGAUAGUAUUUCAAGUUGUCUCCUGCCACACAAGCUUCUUCAAAUCACCCGAUCAGAAGACCCUCUUGCAAUUAGAGCAGCGCCGACUACAAAUCAUCCAUUGGGUGUUCAUUGCCAAUCAAACUAGGGUUUCCAG